AAUUUUUGUAUGCAUGAAAACAAAUUAGAAAGUUAUGUGAAAUUCACUAUUCCAACACUUUAGCAAAAAAACAAACAAAUCCUUUGUCUUUUUCCACAAAAAACCAAAAUAGUGACACUUUCCCAAUCAUCAAGGAAAUUUCAUCCUUUUUCAUUUUUCCAACACAUGCUAUGGAUAAAUUAAAUGACAUGUAAAAAAAUAAGAGCUAUCAAUUAAUUUCUCACUAAAUCUUCUUUGGUUCUGUUAUGGCUUCCAAGGAAGAACCAAAAUUUCCUUUGAGACUUUUGGUUGACAAAGAAAAAAACCGUGUAGUUGUAGCUGAAUCAAAAAGUGAUUUAAUAGACAUUUUGUUUAGUUUUCUAACACUUCCAUUAGGAACCAUCAUUAGGCUAGUCUCCAAUAAUCAACAUGAUUAUAUUCAUGAAAUUAAUGAUCAACCACAAGAAAUAUUUGGUUGUAUCAAUAAUCUUUAUAAGAGUGUUGAAAAUUUAAGUGAUGGUGUUUUUUGGAACAAUAUUUGCAAGACAAUGUUACUUCGACCGCGCAACUCUUGCGAGUCACUUUGCAAGAAGUUGAAGGUGAAUUUAGAUGAUUCGGAAUCAAUUAAGUAUUUCAUGUGUGGAAAAUGUUGUAGAGGGAGUAAAGGGUUUUUGAGUACUUUUGUUGGUGCUAGUUGUUCUUGUGGGAAAUUGAUGGACAAAGAAAUGAAGUUGUAUGGAGAUUUUAGUGAAGAGAGUAGUUAUAAUUUUGAUGAUGGUGUUUUUGUUAAGAAGGGAAGUUUGUAUUUGAUUUUUGAUGAUUUGAAAGUGUUGCAAAAUUCUCCUGGUAACUCUGCCCAGCAACUCAUUCAACUAGGUUACAAAAACUUUAACAAGUUGACACAAAUUUCCUUGAAUAUUGGCUUAAAGGAGAUUUUGGACAUAUUAAAGCAAUCAUUAAUCUCCAAGACUCCUCUCACUGACAUAUUUUUGGCAAAUGAAGAAUUUAUAAGGAUGUACACAUUCACACCAAAACAAGGACCAAAAGUAGAAAAAUGGACCAACAUAAAACUUAAAGUAAUGGUGAGAAAAUCAAAGAAAAAGAUACUAUAUGCUGAAGCUGAGGGAGAUUUUGUUGAUUUUCUAUUAAGUUUCCUCACAACACCUAUUGGAUCAAUUCUAGAACAAUUAAAUGGAAAUUUUUCUCUUGGAUGCAUGGAAAAUUUGCACCAAAGUGUGAAAGAAUUUAAUCCUUCAUGGUUCAUAAGACCUUUAGGCAAUCCUUUACCAAAUCCAAAAGUAGCUUCUCAAUUUGGUUUUAUGAAGCAACCACUAAUAAAUAUUUGUGAAGAAAAAGUACCUAUUUAUUGGUAUGGUAAAGGUGUGGUUAAAAAUUAUAUAUGCUAUUCUAAUGUGAAUGGAGUGAUUUCAAAGAAUAAAAGUGUUAUUAAAAAUCCAGAAGCCAUGAAACUUUUUGAUCCAAGAUCAUCUUAUGGCACUAUUGAAUCUGCUUUGGGUUUUGUUAAGAGGCCUUCAUUAUUUAUUGUGUGGGAUGAUUUACAAGUGACACCAUUGGUUAAUACUUCUAGCAUUUCAUUUUUGCAUAAGAUGAAUGUACCAUUGGAUGAUUUGGAAGAGCAUGUAGUGAGCAUUGGAGAAAUAGAGGCACUGAACUUGUUGGGAGCUUCUUUGACUUCAUCUAAAGAGGCUUUGACAGAAGGCUUGUUUCACCUCCUAAAGAAGCCAAAGGAUGAAGCUAUUGCUUGAAUGAAUUGAUCAGUGUGUUAUAUUAAUUCUCAAUGUUUUUAGUUAGUCUCCUAGAGACUAAUGUAUUUCUUCUGGACUUACUUUUGUGUCUUGGUUUGAUUUGUAAUGAAGCAUUUCAGUUUAUUAUAUGUUGUUUUAUUUAAAUA